UAAAAAAAUGUAGCCCAAAGAAAAAUGAUAGAAACCAAGAUUGACCGUAAUUUUGUCGGUCUCCUCUCAUUUUUGUCUUUCCUCUUUCAGCUUUGCUGCUCAUCUCCACAUUUAUAUAUCACCUUCUCCAAAAGUGAAACCCUAAAUUAUUCUAUAAAGGAAGGAAAAAAAACAAAAAAGUUCCAUUCUUAAUCGGAAUUAAUUUAUUCUCGAAGAGCCUUCAUCAUCAAAUCAUCGUCUCAAAAUUGAUCAUUUUUGUCAAGAAAUGAAGCCAACUUUAACCACCUGUAAUUUUGAUCGACCCUUGUGAAGAAAUGGUGCCUAUGAUGCUCUGUUAAGAAGAUGAAAGAAAAAGAAAAGAACCAUGAUUUUCAAUCUCUCAAUUGUGUUGUCUCUGCUUGUAGCCUCAGUAGUCUCAGCUGCUUCUGAAGGUCCUAAUUUUAUCUUCAAUGGCUUCCAAUCUGCAAAUCUAUCACUCGAUGGUAUGGCCGUUGUUACUCAAAAUGGCCUCUUGAAACUAACCAACGAGACCAGGCAAAGAAUUGGCCAUGGAUUUUAUCUUAAUCCUGUAAAUUUUGUCAAUUCCUCUUAUGGCGUUUCAUCUUUCUCAACUACUUUCGUCUUUGCCAUUAUUUCUGAAUACCCAAAUCUAAGUGGCCAUGGAAUUGCCUUUGUGGUGGCUCCGACGAAAACUUUCCCCGGAGCUCAGCCAAGUCAACAUCUUGGACUUUUCAAUGACGGCAACGACGGUAACACAACCAACCAUAUUUUUGCCGUAGAACUCGACACGAUUCAGAAUAUAGAGUUGAAAGAUAUCGAUGGGAAUCACGUUGGCAUAGAUAUAAAUGGGUUGAUCUCUGAGGAAGCUAAAACUGCUGGGUUUUAUUCUAACAACAAUGGGGAAUUCAGAAAUUUGACUCUUAUAAGUGGCCAACCAAUGCAGGUUUGGAUCGAAUAUGAUGGUAUCAACAAAGAAAUCAAUGUCACUUUGGCGCCAAUUGACAUACCCAAACCCAAAACUCCACUUCUGUCUUACUCCCUUGACCUUUCGUCCGUCAUAAAAAACUCUUCCAUGUUCGUCGGGUUUUCAUCUUCCACUGGCUCUGUUUCAACUUCUCAUUAUAUUUUAGGUUGGAGUUUCAGGCUAAAAGGAGAAGCUCAAAGUCUUGACAUAUCCCGCCUUCCAAAGCUGCCUCGCAAGAAACAGAGAUCCCAAGUUUUAACAAUUGGGUUACCUUUAAUUUCUGGAGGAAUUCUUUUGUUGAUGAUUUUAGGAAUUGUUCAUAUUGUCAGAAGGAAGAGGAAGUUCGCCGAGCUGCUCGAAGAUUGGGAGCUUGAUUAUGGGCCUCACAGGUUCAAAUACAAAGACUUAUACAUAGCUACAAAUGGAUUUAAAGAAAAAGAAAUUCUGGGUUCUGGAGGAUUUGGACGAGUCUACAAAGGGGUAUUGCCAAAAUCAAAACUUGAAAUAGCUGUCAAGAGGGUUUCUCAUGAAUCAAGACAGGGAAUGAAAGAAUUUGUUGCAGAGAUAGUUAGUUUAGGGAGGCUUCGCCAUAGAAACCUUGUACAACUUUUAGGCUACUGUAGACGAAAAGGAGAACUGCUUUUAGUAUAUGAUUACAUGCAAAAUGGAAGCUUGGAUAAAUACCUAUUUGGCGAACCAAAUCCAAGUCUGAAUUGGAGUCAGAGGUUUCGAAUCAUAAAAGGGGUGGCGGCAGGGCUGCUUUACCUGCAUGAAGAAUGGGAACAAGUUGUAAUUCACAGAGAUGUGAAAGCCAGUAAUGUCUUGUUAGACAAUGAGUUAAAUGGAAGACUAGGAGAUUUUGGUUUGGCAAGACUGUAUGACCAUGGAACAGACCCUCAAACUACUCACAUAGUGGGAACACUUGGAUAUUUGGCUCCAGAACACACAAGAUCCGGCAGGCCAACGACUCACAUGGAUGUGUUUGCUUUUGGGGCAUUUCUGCUGGAGGUUGCAACAGGAAAGAGGCCAAUAGAGAUUCGGGGAAUGACAGAAGAUGUAAUAUUGGUGGAUUGGGUGUUUUUAUGUUGGGCGAGAGGAGCCAUUGUUGAGGCCAGGGAUCCAAACUUGGGAACAGAGUAUGUAAAGGAGGAGAUGGAAAUGGUGCUGAAACUUGGAUUGUUGUGUUCUCAAUCUAACCCAAUGGGGAGGCCGAGCAUGCGGCAAAUUGUGCAGUACUUAGAAUGCGAGGCGCCGAUGCCGGAGAUGGGUUCUAUUGAAACAUCAGGUGGUGGAUAUGAAGGUUUUGAUGAUCUUGCCAUGUCGUACAACUCUUCCUUGGAUAAGGCUAUUGCAUAUUCUACUUCUUCCUUUGAGAGGGGUUUCUGCCAUUCUUCUGAUGCUCAGUCUCUACUGUCUGGUGGCCGUUGAAAGUAGUGUCAUCAACAUUCGGUCCACAGAUCGCGAUUUUACCUGAAAUCAAGUAUGUAUUUUGUACUGAGUUUGUUAAUAUACUGCGUUGUAAAGUAAGACUCAAAGCCAUGACUUUAAAGAUACUUGUUUUCAAUUAUAUACCCAUUAUGUGAAAGUUUGUUUGCAUUUUCAACAA